CUGUGGGCGUGUCCCGGUUCAUGCCCCGCUUCCGUGUCCUGGGCCCGGUGGGCGUGUCCCGGUGUUUGUGGGCGUGUCUCAGGGCGUGUCCUUGUCCCGGUCCCGUGUCCCGUUCCCCGGUGCCGUGUCCCAGGGCGUGUCCUACCCCCGUUCCCGGGGCGUGUCCCUAUCCCGAGGCGUUUCUCUGUCCCGGUGCCGUGUCCCGGGGAGUGUCCCCGUCCGAGGCGUGUCCCGUUCCCGCCCCCGUUCCCGGGGCGUGUCCCUGUCCCGAGGCGUUUCUCUGUCCCGGUGCCGUGUCCCGUUCGAGUGUCCCCGUCCCGAGGCGUGUCCCGCUCCCGCUCCCGCUGCCCGGGCGUGUCCCGGUGCCGUGGGCGGGCCGCUCCGAGGCCGCCAUGGCGCUGAGCCGGGCCCUGGCGCUCCGUGUCGCUUACGCGUCCUUCGGUGCCCUGAGCGGCCUCUCGGCCUUCUGCGCCUGGAGCGUCGUGCCCGCGCUGCGCCAGCCCUGCACGGCCGCGGCCGGGGGGCUCUCGGGUGUGCUGGCGCUCUGGGCCCUAAUCACGCAUGUGAUGUACCUGCAGGAUUACUGGAGGACCUGGUUAAAGGGCCUGAGGUUCUUCCUGGCCGUGGGGAUUCUCUUCUCCGCCCUCUCCGGGCUGGGCUUCUGCGCCUUCCUGGCCCUGGCCAUCACCCAGCACCAGUCCCUGGCUGACCCCCGCAGUUAUUUCCUCUCCUGUGUCUGGAGUUUCAUGGCUCUCAAGUGGGCGCUGCUGCUCAGCCUCUACUCGCGCCGCUACCGCGCCGAGUUCGCCGACAUCAGCAUCCUCAGCGACUUCUGAGCCGGGACAGGCCUGAAAUUUUCCUCGAUGUGUCAAGAGCACCAG